AGCAACCAGACCCUUCUGGCGCGCAGCAGCGCAGAAGCGAGGAAGGCGCAUGGUGCAAAGGCACAGCAGCUGGGUGCGCUCUAUGAGUGGCUGCCGCCAGGGGCACAGGCACCCGUACGUUGGGACAGCAGCAGGGGAUCGCAGCAGGCAUGGACCAGCAGCAGAGCAAGCGCCAGCAGGUGUCUUCUGCGGAGGUACGCAUCGGGCCCAUGAGACUGACGCAGGACCCUAUCCAGGUUUUGCUAAUCUUUGCCAAGGAGGAUAGUCAGAGUGACGGCUUCUGGUGGGCCUGUGACAGGGCUGGCUACAGGUGCAACAUUGCUCGCACUCCAGAAUCGGCCCUUGAGUGCUUUCUGGACAAGCAUCAUGAAAUAAUUGUGAUCGAUCACAGGCAAACCCGAAACUUCGAUGCAGAAGCGGUGUGCAGGUCAAUCCGGGCCACCAACCCCUCUGAGCACACCGUGAUUCUGGCUGUGGUUUCACAAGCAUCUGGUGACCAUGAAGAGGCCUCAGUUCUUCCUCUUCUCCAUGCCGGCUUCAACCGGAGAUUUAUGGAGAAUAGCAGCAUAAUUGCUUGCUAUAAUGAACUGAUUCAAAUAGAACAUGGGGAAGUUCGCUCACAGUUCAAAUUACGGGCCUGUAAUUCAGUGUUUACAGCGUUAGACCACUGUCACGAAGCCAUAGAAAUAACAAGUGAUGAUCAUGUGAUUCAGUAUGUCAACCCUGCCUUUGAGAGGAUGAUGGGCUACCACAAAGGGGAGCUCCUGGGCAAAGAACUCGCUGACCUACCUAAGAGUGACAAGAACCGGGCAGACCUCCUGGACACCAUCAAUACGUGCAUCAAGAAGGGAAAGGAGUGGCAGGGGGUUUACUAUGCCAGACGGAAAUCCGGGGACAGCAUCCAACAGCACGUGAAGAUCACCCCAGUGAUUGGCCAAGGAGGGAAAAUUAGGCACUUUGUCUCCCUCAAGAAGCUGUGCUGUACCACUGACAAUAACAAGCAGCUCCACAGGAUUCAUCGUGAUUCCGGGGAUAACUCUCAAACAGAGCCUCAUUCAUUCAGACACAAGAGCAGGAGGAAAGAGUCCAUUGAUGUGAAAUCAAUAUCUUCUCGAGGCAGUGAUGCUCCAAGCCUACAGAAUCGCCGCUACCCCUCCAUGGCGAGGAUUCACUCCAUGACCAUAGAGGCCCCCAUCACAAAGGUUAUAAAUAUAAUCAAUGCGGCUCAAGAGAACAGCCCGGUUACAGUAGCAGAAGCCUUGGAUAGAGUUCUAGAAAUUUUACGGACCACAGAACUGUAUUCCCCUCAGCUUGGAACCAAAGAUGAAGACCCUCACACCAGUGAUCUUGUCGGAGGCCUGAUGACUGAUGGCUUAAGAAGACUGUCAGGGAAUGAGUAUGUGUUCACAAAGAAUGUGCACCAAAGUCACAGUCACCUUGCGAUGCCCAUCACCAUCAACGAUGUCCCCCCCAGUAUCGCCCAGUUACUUGAUAAUGAGGAGAGCUGGGACUUCAAUAUCUUUGAAUUGGAAGCCGUUACACAUAAAAGGCCAUUGGUAUACCUGGGCUUAAAGGUCUUCUCUAGGUUUGGAGUAUGUGAAUUUUUAAACUGCACUGAAACCACUCUUCGGGCCUGGUUGCAAGUGAUUGAAGCCAACUACCACUCCUCCAAUGCCUACCACAAUUCUACCCACGCCGCCGACGUCCUCCACGCCACAGCUUUCUUCCUCGGAAAGGAAAGAGUGAAGGGAAGCCUUGACCAGCUGGAUGAGGUGGCUGCUCUCAUUGCUGCGACGGUUCACGACGUGGACCACCCCGGAAGGACCAACUCCUUCCUGUGCAACGCAGGCAGCGAGCUCGCCGUGCUCUACAACGACACCGCAGUCCUGGAGAGUCACCACACGGCCCUGGCCUUCCAGCUCACCGUCAAGGACACCAAGUGCAACAUUUUCAAGAAUAUUGACAGGAACCAUUACCGGACGCUACGCCAGGCUAUUAUUGACAUGGUUUUGGCCACGGAGAUGACGAAACACUUUGAACAUGUGAACAAAUUUGUGAACAGCAUCAACAAGCCACUGGCAGCUGAGAGCGAGGGCAGCGACUGUGAGUGCAACCCGACUGGGAAGAACUUCCCGGAGAACCAGAUCCUGAUCAAGCGUAUGAUGAUCAAGUGUGCUGACGUGGCCAACCCGUGCCGACCCUUGGACCUGUGCAUCGAGUGGGCUGGGAGGAUCUCCGAGGAGUAUUUUGCACAGACCGAUGAGGAGAAGAGGCAGGGGCUACCUGUGGUGAUGCCAGUGUUCGACCGCAAUACCUGCAGCAUUCCCAAGUCCCAGAUCUCCUUCAUCGACUACUUCAUAACAGACAUGUUCGAUGCUUGGGAUGCCUUUGCACACCUGCCAGCCCUGAUGCAGCACUUGGCAGACAACUACAAACACUGGAAGACACUGGAUGACCUCAAGUGCAAAAGUCUGAGACUUCCGUCUGACAGCUAAAGCCAGGCUGGAGAAGGGGCCUCUUGAUCUACGAUAGACACUGUGAACUGCAGAGUCGUGUGAACGAGAGGCUUUCCUGUAUGAGGAGAACAGGUGUAGAUUAAGGAGCUAGUGUUCAAUCGCUGACCUGAAUCAUGCACGCCCCCAAAUUUCAUUUUUCAGAAAGUUAUAUUCCAUCGGUAAAAAUAUGUUCUUUUAAAUCAUCUAGUGACAAACGAACCGCUUGGCAGCCUCCUCUGCCACGCUGUGUGUGCCCUUACAAAACCACAGAGCUGACUCACUGUAGUUACACGCAGGACACAAGAAGCAGAGAACCUGGCGUCUGUGAGUCCAUCCUGCUGAGGGAGACCAUGCCGCUUGGCCAGUGUCUGGCUCGGCCAGUGUCUGGCUCCUCUUCCACCGGAAUACUCACUACUGAGAUUCAGCUGCACUAUUUUCCUCGACGGCAGAAGUAUGAAGGGUCCCUAAAAAGCUUCUCUGAGCAGAUAUAUGUAAGAAAAGAAGCUACUUUAAGAUGUGCAGAAUGAGGACAAGAUUAUCCCUAAACCAGUUAGUAUCAUGGUUCCCAUGACUACAUGGCAGGUAGCGUGAUGCUCACGUGAGGACACAGCCUUGGCCUGGUGAGUGUCCCUCAGAUGGGCGUCAGCCACCUGUGGAGCCCUCAUUCCUGGAAGGGACUCACCUUAUAGGAGGCCAACUGAUGGGGAAGGAGUGGGAGCUUGCCUGAGUGUCGCUUGCUUCAGGCUCAUGGACACAUGUCAAGAGUAUCUAUAAAAGCCAUUAAAUAUGAAUGCUCGUGAGCAAGCUUUUUAAAAAAAAACAAAAUUUAAGAGAAGAAAAAUUUAUAUAUAUAUAUAUAUAUUUGUUGUUCAAAGAUUUUUAUUAAGAUAAUCUAAACGCCCUGGAUCUUCACCCCUAGAAUUUUCUGGGCAUUACCUGUACAUCUGAAUUUGGGGAGGAAAUGGGAAAGUUUCAAGGUUCAGAUAUUCUUAAUUUAUAUUUGAGAUCAUGCCAUUUGCUUUAAUGAUGUAAAAAGGAAUUGCAAGAAAUGUAAAUAUAUCAGAGACAGGGAGUGGAGAGGCAGUAAAUCCUAUUUUAAGCUAUUAAUUGUAUGGUAAGGCUGAAAGCACAAGUGUAUAUUUUUAUACGACUCUUUUCACAACUUUCUGUGCUCGGCAUAAAGUCAGACUCGAGAUCUUUCCUUUCUCUUUUACCAGCCAUCCCUUCUCUGUGUAUUAUGGAUUUCAGAAACUAAGUAAACAAAAAUACCUUAGUUUUAUUUUAUCUGUACCCCAUGAUGCAUUUUUCAGAGGCAUAGAAACCGAACUGAUUGAAUCAGUAGCUACAUUUUCCCAAAUGAAAAUUGGACUGCAGACUAUGUAAAAACUGAGAAAUGGAGAAGGAAAAGAUAACUUAUCUCUAUGUAAUGUGCCAAUGUUUUUUCUAUGUUUUGUACCAAAGUGUAAACAUAUAUGACAAUUCCAUGCACAGAAAUGCAUCUGAAUUAUUUUUGUUAGACGGUUGGAGGGCUUGAUUCACUGGCGGGGACAGAGCUGGCUUUGUAAUGUAUUGCUGCAUUGUGUACCUGUGAUGAAAUGUUUUUGUGAAGUUCUUGUAACUAAAUUCUUACAGUCAUUUUUCAUUCCCAACAGCUGUUUUUAUUUUAUCUCUUUGGCCUAAACUUUUCAUAAUUUCAAA